AUGUCACCCCAUGGAAAUGGAAAACUCUCAGUAAUGUAUUUACAGGAAUUUGUGCUGGAGGUAUUUAUAGGUGGUCUGGAGACCCAGGCUCUGCUCUUUGCUCUGUUCCUGGCCCUGUACUUGGUGGCCAUCCUGGGGAACCUCACCAUGACUGUGGUCAUCACCCUGGAUGGCCAUCUGCACUCCCCAAUGUACUUCUUCCUCAAGAACCUCUCCUUCCUGGGCUUGUGCUACUCAUCUGUCAUCUAUCUCAAGGCCUUGGAAGACUUCCUGUCCUCCUCCAAGGUCAUCACCUUUGUAGGAUGUGGCACUCAGUUCUUCUUCUUCUCUCUGCUGGUUAGCACUGAGGCUUUCCUCUUGGCUGUGAUGGCCUAUGAUCGAUUUUUGGCCACCUUCAGGCCCCUGCACUACCCCACCACAAUGUACCCCUCAGCCUGUGCCCACCUGGUGCUGGGCUCCUACUGUGGAGGCUGUUUCAACUCCAUCAUGCAGACCAGCUUCACCUUCAGCCUCUUGUUCUGCAGCCGCAACCACAUUGACCACUUCUGCGAUGUGCUCCCCCUGCUCAAGCUUGCCUGUGGUGACACAGCCAUAAACAAGCUAGUCAUGUUUGGACUCUGUGGCCUUCUCAUCGUGAGCACCACAAUCAUGGUCCUCAUCUCCUAUGGCUGCAUCACAGUGACCAUCCUGAGGAUGUGCUCAGGAGCAGGGAGACACAAGCUCUUCUCCACCUGUGGCUCCCACAUGACAGCCGUGUCUCUCUUUUAUGGAACUGGCUUUGUCAUGUAUGUGCAGCCAGGAGCUGUGGAGUCCAUGAAGCAGGGCAAGGUGGUCUCUGUCUUCUAUACUGCGGUCAUCCCAAUGCUCAACCCCCUCAUCUACAGUCUGAGAAAGAAGGACGUGAAGGAUGUCCUAUGGAGACUGGGCCAGAAACACACAGCCAUGUUAAGGAGGGUGGCCAGAGAGACAGAGUGUCCUGAGGGCAGGAUAAUAGACAGCUCAGAGCCUCAGAUACUCCACAUGGAUGCCGAGACCAGCUCGGCAACUGGGGGCGAAUGA